AUGUCGUCGCCGUCGUCGCCGUCGUCGCUGCUGCUGCUGCCCCGCCUCGACGCCGGCAACGUGCUGGCCGUCGCGUUUGCGCUCGGCUCGGCCCUGGUCGCCGAUACCAUCAACCGGCACGUCCCGCUGCCCUACAUUGACGAAAUCUUCCACGCCCCGCAGGCGACGCGGUUCUGCGUGGGCGACUACGGCUCCUACGACGCCAAGCUCACCACGCCGCCGGGCCUCUAUCUCGUCUCGCUUGCCUUUGGCCGCAUACUGCCCCUCUUUGACUGCACCGACCUGCGCUUCCUCCGCGCAACCAACCUCGUUCUGCUCGUAUGCCUGCCCCACCUCCUGGCCGCCAUCGUGGAGUCGUACGAGGAUCAGAGGGAGAAGAGGGCGAUACAGCUCGAUACCCACCGGCUGCAGCGCCAGGGCGGACCUGGAGCGGCCGUCGAGCUGCCUCCGGGCUAUUCGGAACGGCCCAUCGACGGCGCGAGAUCGACGGUGGCAAUGACGGAUGCGCCGGCAGACCCUCCUCCAUCCCUCCCUCGCUCGAUCCACGCCCGCUCAAAGAGGGCAGGCAUCUCGCGUGAGACGGUACGGGCCAUCCAGGAACAGGCCAAGCGCCAAGCAGCCGCACGCGCCGCUGCGCACGGAGACGGCGAAGGCGAAGUACCCGCAUCGGUAGAGGCUGCGGGUCCAACAACGGGCGUGACGACGACAUCGACGGUGACGAAUCCGUCACCAGCCCAUGCCUCGUCCCCGCCGCGGCCGCGCGACUCGGUGCCCGGCUCGCUGCAAUCCAUCUACAGCUCGAGCGCAGUGCAGCGCAAGCUGCGACGGCAACGAGGCGACGCAUGGCGCACGUCGCUGGGCCACACCGUCGCCCUGCUGCCGCCGCUGUGGUUCUUCGGCUUCCUCUACUACACCGACGUCGGCAGCGUCUUUUUCAUCCUGGCCACGCUGCUCUGCGUCCAGAGGCAGCGGCGGUGGGCGGCGGCGACGCUGGGCGCCGUCUCGCUCCUGUUCCGCCAGACCAACGUCGUCUGGCUCGUCUAUAUCGUCGCAUCGUCGCUCCUGUCGGACCUCUCGCGCGCCUUUCCGGCGCUGCACGAUCCACUCGCCAGCCAGGCGGGCCUAGCGGAUCUGGGCCGCAGCGUCGCCUCGGUGGUGGGCAUCCUCGGCGAUCGGCGCAACGGCGGGCGGCUGGCGUCGCUGCUGCUCCGCAACGUCGCGCCCUUCGUGCCCGUGCUUGCGGGCGUGGCGUGGUUCGUGCGGUGGAACGGCUCCAUCGUCCUCGGCGACCAGUCCAACCACCAGGCAGGCGUGCACGUCCCGCAGCUCUUGUACUUUCUCCUCUUUGCCACGGUGUUUGGCUGGCCGGCCAUCCUCGCCGCGCAGCCUCUGUCGUCGUCGUCGCGGCGGCGGCAGGAGGGGGAGGAGGAGAGGAAGGCACCGGGUCUCACGAACGCACUGUCCUCCCUCGUCGAUUCGGUCGCAGUGCUGACAAGACGGACCGUGCGCCACAUGCUCGGCUCUGCCUCUGCCGUCGCGACGACGGGGGUGCUGUGCUGGGCGAUCAAGGAGGCCGUGGGGCGGUAUACGAUCGAGCACCCAUUCCUGCUGGCCGACAACCGGCACUACACCUUCUACCUCUGGCGCAAGGUGUGGCGACGCCACGAGGCGGUCCGCUUCGCCCUGGUACCCGUCUACCUCGUCUGCGCGAGGAUGUGGUGGAACGCCCUCGGUCAAACAACAACGCUCCUCCACCAACUCGGCCUCAUACUCGCAACGAGCCUCACACUGAUCCCCUCGCCGCUCAUCGAGCCGCGAUACUUUCUCGUGCCCUACAUCCUGCUGCGUCUUCAAACCAUCGCAAGCGAGGACCACCUCCCUCCUCCUCCUUCCUCCUCCCCCUCGUCGUCGUCGUCCUCGACGGUGCAGCCCCACGACAACGAUGGCGGGAGGGUGGUGGUGGUGGUGGUGGUGAAGAGGAAGACGGUGCUACUCGCCCUCGAAGCGAUGCUGGCGCUGGGCAUCAACGUCGUGACGGUAUGGAUCUUUCUCUCCCGCCCGUUUUCGUGGGACGCUGAUGCUGUCGAUUCGUCGCGCGGCGAGACGAGAGUGAUGCGAUUCAUGUGGUAG